AUGGGCGCACAAACUAGCCUUGCAGCGGCUGACCGCCAAGGCUCGCCCGGCCUCGGAGACCGUAGCGACGACAGUGUCUACUACAGCGCCGACUCCCGAGCGGCAAGUGGGCAGGAUGUCACCGACGGGGCGGUCGACGGCGUGGCGACGAAUAACGAGAGGCAGAACAUCGGAGAGAACGGUGGUGGUGAAGAGCACCCCGUUGGCGAUGAAAGCCACCCGACGCGAGCACUGCAAGCACACCAAGUACAGCAAGUACAGCAAGUACAGCAAGUACAGCAAGUACAGCAAGUACAGCAAGUACAGCAAGUACAGCAAGUACAGCAAGCACAGCAUCGUCCGGAUGACGAAGCGGCCUGGUUCGCCAUGGUCGCCGAGGAGUUUGACCCGCUGCAGAUCCGUCUUGGUGACGAGAGGAAUAAGCGUGAAGCCGACCUCUACGACGGCGACUUUGACGUCGUGAUCCCGCCUUUCAUUCUUCGAGAUGACAGCUCCAAGCCCAAGCCCUGGAGUAAGAGCGCUCUCUGGGUGCUCUACGUUCUCCUCCUGUGGAACAGGCCCGUCUCGCCGUCUAUCUCACUGUUCGAAGGGCAAGAGAAGAGACCCGCCUCCCUCAUUGCCGCCGACAUCAUGACCGUCCUUUCCAGUCUGCUCAUGGCUGUUGCGCUCGACUGCAUGGGUCGCGGGCGGGGCCUUGCGCUCGCAGUCCUCUCGGCCACGCUGGGCCUGGCUCUCUUUGCUGGCUCGCGAAACAUGGACAUGCUCUGUGCCGGACAGGUGUUCUACGGGGUGGGCUUCACCGGCGUGCGCCUCACCGUUGAUGUGCUCGUGGCCGACUCGACGGCACUGCACAUUCGCACGCUCGUGUAUGCGGCCAUGUCCUUCCCGUGGGCGAUCACUGCUUUCUCCGUCCCGGUCAUCCGCCAAACUCUCACUGAGACUCAGCUCCGUCACGCGCUCAUCGCCUUCGCCUGCCUUGUGCCGGCUCUGGGGUUAGCACUGACUGCCCUCAUCAGGUACCAAAGCGCCUGCUUUGACGACGCAAAGAGUCUGAGCGAGUGGAAGAGCGAGCUGUGGGACAGAGAGAGGCACCGCUUCGGCUUCCCCGCCGACUAUGUGUGGACUCUGAUCGCUGUCGUAGCGUUGUUCCUUGUCCUCUGGCUCGUGCGGACCGACACACUGCCGUGUCGCCCAAUCGUGCUGGAGCACCAACCUGCACUCAUACCCGCAGCUUAUGUUUCGCUUGUCGAGUCCAGCCGCAUGGCGUCUUACGUCUAUGUCACUCACAGUCGAAACUGUGUGCAUGCUCCCAAUGGGCUUUUACGUUCGGAGACCAGGCAGAUUCCAACGCACACUCUGCUCACGUCGAUGUGUCGCUCAACAUUCGAGGCUGUGAAGGAGGUUGCUCUCCUCUCAGGCGCCCGGUGGAGACAGGACGCAGCAAUGUUACUGGCCCUGCUAAGCCUGAGCGAGAAGAUUGGGGGCAUGAUCGGAGCGACGUUCUCGGACACCCUUUGGGCUAAGGCUCUCCCCAACGCACCAACGCGGUACCUCAAUGCCCAAACAAUCCUGACGGCCGAGCGCGUCUACCCCCUUCUAGCCAAGCAUCUAGCAUAUGCUCCAGGAAGUCCGGAGAGAAACGCCAUAGUACAAACGUACGAGACGACUCAACUGCAUGCGGUCGCGAUAGGAAUUGCCAUGAUGUCAUUCGCUAGCGCUUGUGUUUACAAGAUGGACAAUAUCUCCUUGCACAGCGCACUGAAGACAUUCGCACUGCAAGAUCAGUGGGCCAGAAAGUACCUCAAGCUCCAGGCGAUGGCUGACUCCGGCUGGGGAGGGGACCUGCGCAACGUUCUCCAAGAUACCCAUCGUCGGACGGACCUCGCCGUCGCCUUACGAGUCGACAACGAGAGAUUCGACGCGCUCGGGGCGAUCAAGAACGAUGAUGAUCGCUUAGAGCUACUGAAGGUGCUGGAAUCGGUCAAAUUGGUCCGCGCUAGCGUCGGCAGUGCCGAGCACCUCGAGGUGUGGAAAGGCUACGACCGUCGAGUCGAGCUGUUGAAGGCGGCGGAGGAUGACGAGUACCGUCGGAACUUGCUGCAGACUCUGGAGGACACUGAGCAGCUUGCGAAGUAUGCGGCAGCUCUUCAUUCUUACCGACACAGGCUGUAUCUGCGGGAUAUCGAAAAGCUACUCGACCUGCGCAAAGUCUUCUUUGGGGAUCAACCUCAAGAGGCUUCCGAAGUGGGCCACCCGCAAGCUGUUUAA